CUUAUAGAAUUAUGUAAUAUUCCGACUGCUAAAAAAAACCUUGAAAGAGUCUAUCCGUUAGAUAUGACUCCAAUAUUCAGUAGUCUGCAUGGGGAAAGGUUUUCUGAUUUCGAACAUGAGGUCUGGGUGUCAUACUUUAUCAUACGCUUGUGUGAUGUCUAGGAAUGCAGCAGAGCAGUACAGUUCCUCUUAAUACCUCUGCAAUUCGGUGUGCUUGUUCUGUGGUAGAGUGUUUCUGUCCGGGAGGAUUCGGGUUUCUUCUACUACCUGGCACAAUCUCUUGAGUAUUGCCUUUUUGAAGAUUUUGCUGAUUACUGGGAGUAGGCUCAUGAGCUGGCUUCCGCUAGCGGUCUACCAGAUUUCGGAAUCAUGUGAUCUGCGUGACUUUCCAUUGAACUGGUGAAUAUCCCGUCCUGAUAGUUGAGUUACAUUUAAUGUGUAAAAUGUUGUGCGUAUUGUCGUGUGUGAUUCAUAACCCACAGCUACGAUAUCCCCUUUCACCAGUGAGACUAUCAACAGAUAAAUGCACACUGCUUAUACUGUAAUUCUAGGACUCAACACAAUGGAUCCACAGUUGCUAGCAUUCAUAAUUUGAUAUUAAACAUGGAUUAGAAUAGUCCGUGGCAUAGCACAGGUGGUUAGCCAGCUCACCCAUCUUGUUGCACUGGGUUCCAUCCCAGAUAAUGUCUCUUAAUAUUUGUGACGGACAAAGUGGCACUGGGUUGGGUUUUUUCUGUGUGCUCCAGUUCUCAAUCCACCAUCUCCUAAACAGCUGCUGUAUAAUUCAGGGAAUUUCCGCCAGCUGUUGUGAAUUAAUACCCGAUUUCUUUCGUGUAUUCAGGAGCCAGUUCAUGUAGUUACUUUUGAUUGCACUGAUCUAAACAGGCAGUGAAGAAACACUGCAGAUUUUAUGGGAUUGUCAUGCUGUCAAUGAACAAAUUGGCAUUACCGUAACAAGUCAGAUAUUUGGAGUGUGAAUGUGCAUCUGUGGAGCAUUCUCAUGUCGUUUUAUUUAUUAUUUUUCAGUGAUAAGGGCAGCCUACGCCUAUAUUCGAGAGGAGGACGAGAGGUUAAACAUGCUGAAACUGCUUGGCUUAAUAACUGGCACAGUAUUAUACUGGUUGGUUAAACGAACUUGGGGAAUCAUCAGGGGCUACUUCAGGGCAAUGAAUACCCUUUGGGGAAUCAUCAGGGGUUACUUCAGGGAAAUGAAUAAUACCCUUUGGGUAUGUACAAAUUCAGAACCAUCACAUGCAGACAAUUUAUCAAAGUUGUCGAAAUUAAAUACACUAUAUCUAUAUACAUGGUGCUAACAAAAAGUUCCCAAAAUUUGAAUUUUGGACGUCAAUGGUUAUCAGCACAUCGAAAUACUGCUAGGUGUCUCCCCAAACACCCUUCUUG